AACUGUCAUUCGGCAGAUACAGUUGUGCAGUACGGACGGCAAUUAACUUGCGUGUUUCCCUUUUUCAUUUUCCUGAUACAUUUUCCCGGAGAAUUUUCCACGCACUGCACAACAAUCGCACGCUGACAGUUUCAACAUUUCCCAAGGGAAUACACCGAUCGUCGAGCAGUCUCGCAUCCACGGCAAAUUUGUUUACAAACAAAUCCCUGGGCCGAUUGGACAGUUGACCGUGGAUUCAGGUGGAACCGUGAACAUUUUGUCGGGAAAAUCGAGUGAAAUUAUGAUUGUCGGUUUCCCGUAAUUGGUUGCUGUUGUGAUUGUGCGUGAAGCCAGUGUUGUUCGGUUGAGAGGUGCUCCAGGGCAGGUGAUAAGCCAGUCGAGAGUGUUUUGUGGAAAGUGAAUUCCGUCGUGGGCGAGCCCAACUGCAAGGAUUAGGGGUUGCGAUUUACACGAGAUAAUUGGAUUACGUCGGUGGCGACUGCAGACGAGGUAAUACUUGUACAACCUUCAACAACCUUAUAAGUGGAAGUAAAGUCUACCAACCAACCAAGUAGACAAAUAUCUCAAAUAUCAAUUAUUUUAUUCUGGAGAAGGUGAAAACUCUGACAGAACUGACAGAAGCUAAUAGUUGAAGGUAUUCCACGCAUUUCCGUCUUCAGAAGCAACAAUAUCGUCUCGAGGACCAUUUUUCAAAGGAAACCAAGGUCAUAAUGUCACAUGCACAGGAUGAGUGCGACGACAGACUCUUACCAGAUGAAAACAUAUUUAUAAAUCCAGCGGAUGGGCUGUCGAAUCAGCACCCGACGUUGCAUGAACUUGAUUCUGAAGACGAGGAGAAAGAAAUCGAUCCCGAUUCCUUUGACGAUUUGCCUACGUCUUUGAUCGUCACAAAUAUCCAUUCCGAAGUAUUUACAAAUGACAAAUUAAAGGCGGACCUUGAAGACUUAUUUCGAAUGUUCUCCGAAAAUGUAACUUUCCAAUGGUUGAGGAGUUUUAAAAGAUUACGGGUCAAUUUUGACACUGCAAUCGCCGCGGCUAAUGCUAGGGUGCAACUGCAUCAAUAUGAAUUUUAUAAAACCUCAAUAAGUUGCUACUUUGCGCAGCCUGUAACUCCAGUUUCGCAGCGGAAUCUUCAACCGCCUCCUCUCACUAAGCAGUUCUUAAUAUCGCCACCUGCUAGUCCACCGGCCGGAUGGGAGCCGCGAGAAGAGAUGGAACCUUUAGUUAAUCAUGAUCUUUUGGCAGCUCUAGCGAAUCUCACCCCAGGCGAAAGUUGUGAAUUGCAUCCACAGAGUGAAGACCAGCCUGGUAUUAUCGUGCAUACAGCUUUAAUUCCUGAAACCCCUUCGGAAGACUCUUUAACGCAAAAGCCAAAGAUAGUACACACAAAAUGUCCGGAACGAACAUCAUAAAUGAAACGUAAAAAUCAUGGUCAUCGGUUGUAUCGCCAUUCGAAGCUUUUGUCGGCCGUUGUUCGGGAGUCACCGUGGUGGUUAAUAUUUCAUUUUGACCGUUAGUUUUAUUACUAAUUAUUAUAAUACCAGUAAAUUUUAAUAGAGAUGCUUACUUUAUCUCUCAAACUCUCUUUUUUGUUGUUCAUCGACAGAUUUUGUUUAUUUAUUUUCUCUUUGUAAAAUAUAUAUUGUAAAAUAAUAUCCCUACUAUGUAACCUUGUGCAUAUAUGAAAAUUUAGCUCAUAUUGUAAGAGAUAUUGAAUGAAUUGAAAAAUGUUUAAAAUGAA